AAUUGUUGCUCUACUCGCAAUGCGCCUGCUUGCACUUGAAACGCGCUAUCCGUUAACAGCGCUACGGCCGUUCUUUCUUUCCUACACUGUCGAGUCAUCCAUCUAGCCAUCCAUCCAUCUGCUGCGUACGCUUGGCUGGUUGACUGCAUGUUGUUGGUUUUGUUGUUCUUGUGCUAUAGUGCCGUUGUGCUGUGUGGUGCGCUUGACUCGUACACACAUUUCGCAAGCUAGUGUUGUAGUUGUUGCUGCACCGCUGCCGCUAGCUUGAUAUACUUCAUAGCGCUGAGUGCGAGCGCGCUCUGUGCUCGGUGCUUGGUGUCUGUGCUUGUGUGUGUGUGUGUGUUUAUCUGCCUAUCGGAGUGUCGUCGGCAGCGGCUAUUAUUUACCCCCGCCAAGUGUAGUUGCCGUUGUGAUUGACAAGCCCAGUGUGUGUUUGCCUUCGAAACGCGUACAACGUGUGCUGUGUAGAAAGCGAAAUAUAAUAAGCGUAAAUUUCCAAUUCAUUUUGUGUGCCCAAACAAAAAAUCGCAACAAUAACAAUACGAAAAUUCUACUUUACAAUUGCACAGUCUACAACGGUAACGUGUAACGCGAUUUAACGGUAAAUAAAUAAAUAUUUUUGAAAAUUGCAACAAACACGCGGCAUAAAUUCGUACAUUUCGUUCAACUUUACAAACAAAACGGUAUAUAUUUUUUGAAAAAAAAAAAAAACAAUUGUUGCAAAAUAUUUUGCAUAUUUCUGCUACAUCGCUCCAAAUUAAGUAAUUUAUAAGUGUGUGACAGUUGCGCGCGCCUAAAAGUGCAUCGAACGCCGCAAAUUGAACGCUGCUGCAUUGCCGUCGCUAGUGGAGCGUUUGGCAUGCAUUAGCAGGACUUUUGCAAGUUGACAGGAUUUCGACGCAGCGGGCGCUCAUAAGACGCACGGCCGGACGGCACACACAGUGCAACGGCAGGCAGACGGCAGCCGCAGUCAGUUAGUCGGCGGCGUGUAGGUGCGCGUUCUAAGAAGUGCGCCUUGUGCUGCAGUUAGUGUGUGUUUUCUUCAGUCGAUUUUCGUGAGUGCAGCAGCAGGUCGCGCCGAGUUAAACAGGCAAGCCAAGCCAGUCGAGUGCAGACAACUAAGCCGCAGAAAACAAGUCAUUUGCCAGUUGCUGCUGCCACUCUAUGCGCGAAUGGAAUACAAAACGCAAAUUAAAGCCUAAACAAAAUAAAAAAGAAAUUGAAAGGAUUUCGCGUAGAAAUAAGAAAACUAAAGUUAUGCGCGAAAGUACAUUACAAAUACAAUAAGCUUCAGCGUGUUAUACAAAAACAAAGAAGAAAACAAUUUUAGCGUAUAUAGAACUGUCUGAAAUGUGCUUGCAUUUGAUUUGCGCGUGAAACUUUUAAUUUGCCAUAAACAGUUAUUUAUUUGCUUACAUUCAUUUGCGAAUUCAUCCAAUCGCCGCUUUGAACAAAAUAUUUUUUUUUGUUGUGUGAUCAAAACAUAAGUUUUUGUAAGCGCCUUUAGCAGUGCUAGCCGCCAUGUCAGUUUGUGAAACGCGUCGGUAAUUAAAGUGUGAUAAACGUCGCAGUCGUCGGUGACAAAUCGUGAAAAAUUCGUGAAAAACAGCAAAACUGACAAUUCGCAGUGCAGCGCUUCGCGUGAAAGUCAAAUUUUACAAAAAAUAUAAUUUGCUUAUGCAUUUUUUUGUAGCAAAAAAAAAACCAACAACUAAACACAACCAAUUAUUUUACAAAAAAUAAAUAAGAGCAAGUUAAGAAGUAGCAGUUUAGAAUUGUUAGAGGAAGCAAGUGAAUUCCUACAAAGUUAUUGACUUGCAAGGUGAGCGAGCGUACGAUGUCGAUGAAGCUGUGAUAUUUGUGAGCAUAUACACGCUAACAACAACUACUACUAAGACAGGACGUGGCAAAAACGCCACUGAUGUACUAGAGGAAUUUUCUAAAAGCAAGCAAGCAAACAACAACAACAAAGGAAGGCGUUAAAAAUUUUACCUACAACACAAAAGCAACUUAACUUUUCCACGGAAACUUUGUAUACGAGCAACUGCAACAAAAACAACGAGUGUUACACAAAAAAAAAAAGAAACAAAACAUCUUCGGCGGUAUUGACAAGCCAGCAAAGAAAGCAACAAACAACAACAACAGCUAAAACAAGCAGCUAACACUAAAAUGUAUUUAUGACAGCUGCAACAAUAUAUGCAAAUAAUACAAGCUGAACCACAACAACAACAAUAAGCAGGCAAAAAGGUACGCAAAAGAUUUGCGUCGAAGUCAAAUGUCAAGCCGCUGAGCAGGAGAGCAAGAAGCAAGCAACCAACCAACAACAACAAAAACCAAUCCGAAGCAAUCAAGUAUACUAAAACGCAAAAUUAUAUACGAGCACUAAGCGCUAAACCAACAUAAGUAAAUAUUAAUUAAUACAACUAAAUGUAAAGGAAUAUUUAUUGCAAAAACAAAACAAUAUACAAGCAUUGUAUACGAUUUUAAAGCAAAUUUAAUUAAUUAUAAACAACAACAACAUUCGAGGAUAAGCACAAACUCCUCAAACGUCAAAGUUAGAAAAAUAACAAAAACAAAAAAUCCAAAAUAACAAAAAAAACAGUUAUACACAACAAUCAACUGCAAUACAAGUAUAAAAAAUAUAUAAAAAGUGCGCCAAGCAUAUUUAAAAUAAAUAAAUUAAAACCUAAAUAAAUAUUUUACUUGCAACAAAAAUCUAAUAUAUGUACGUUCCGUCGCGUUUUUCCGUCGCGUGUGUCGUUCGAGUUAUCUCCAAAUCACCCACAAAACCAAUAAAUUGCAAACAAAUGUGCCUGUGUUGCAGUAAAAUUGCAAAGUAAUCUCAGAAUUAGAAAGAAAAGAAGAAACAGCAGUGUGAACCAAAAAAAUUUGCAUGAAGCGCUUGCAAAUUGAGUCGAGAGUGUUGUGUGCCGCAGUUUUGCAAUAAAACUUGAAACAAGUCAAAAUAACAAAAUACAAUUUUCAUAAACUACAGUUAACAGCGCCAAUUAGUGGACUUGCGAGUCGGCCACCGACAAGAAAAGCCCCCAACAGCAACUGCAUCCAAAGAGAAACAACUCGGCAAACGUUGCAUAGCGCGUGCUGCUUGCAAAAGUGGCACAGGUCGGGCUGGACAUCGCUCCCAGAGCAUUAAUGGCUCAACCUAGGUAUGAUGAUGGCCUGCAUGGCUAUGGUAUGGACUCGGGUGCUGCAGCAGCUGCCAUGUACGAUCCACAUGUCGGACAUCGGCCGCCCGGAUUACAAGGCCUCCCCACGCAUCAUUCACCGCACAUGACACACGCUGCUGCGGCGGCGGCAACAGUUGGCAUGCAUGGCUACCACACUGGCGCUGGUGGUCAUGGUACACCUAGUCAUGUAUCACCGGUUGCUAAUCACUUAAUGGGCGCAAUACCCGAAGUACAUAAACGUGAUAAGGAUGCGAUCUAUGAACAUCCACUAUUCCCGCUCUUGGCGCUAAUAUUUGAAAAAUGUGAGCUGGCCACAUGUACGCCCCGAGAACCUGGCGUGCAAGGUGGUGAUGUCUGUUCGUCAGAAUCAUUCAAUGAAGAUAUAGCAAUGUUCAGCAAACAGAUAAGAUCACAGAAACCCUACUACACAGCGGAUCCCGAAGUCGACUCACUGAUGGUGCAAGCAAUACAAGUACUUCGGUUUCACCUUUUAGAGUUAGAAAAAGUGCAUGAAUUAUGCGAUAAUUUCUGUCAUCGAUAUAUCUCAUGUUUAAAGGGUAAAAUGCCAAUAGAUUUAGUGAUUGACGAACGGGACACCACCAAACCACCAGAAGUAGGUUCAGCUAAUGGUGAAGGAAGAAGUAAUGCCGACUCGACAUCGCACACCGAUGGAGCUAGUACACCAGACGUUCGGCCCCCUAGUUCACAAUUGUCAUAUGGUGGCGCCAUGAACGAUGACGCUAGGUCGCCGGGCGCUGGUAGUACACCUGGCCCACUAUCACAACAACCACCUGUCUUAGACACAUCAGACCCUGAUGGUAAGUUCUUAUCAUCACUAAAUCCUUCAGAACUAACAUAUGAUGGUCGAUGGUGUCGAAGAGAAUGGUCAUCACCUGCCGAUGCUAGAAAUGCAGAUCCCUCAAGGCGAUUAUACUCCUCAGUCUUCCUCGGCAGUCCUGACAAUUUCGGCACAAGUGCAAGUGGUGACGCCAGCAAUGCCAGUAUAGGCAGCGGCGAGGGCACAGGCGAAGAGGAUGACGAUGCGAAUGGUAAAAAGAACCAAAAGAAACGUGGCAUUUUCCCAAAAGUAGCAACAAAUAUCUUAAGAGCGUGGCUGUUUCAGCAUUUAACGCAUCCCUACCCCUCCGAGGAUCAGAAAAAACAGUUGGCGCAAGAUACCGGCCUAACGAUACUGCAAGUGAACAAUUGGUUUAUUAACGCGAGGCGAAGAAUUGUGCAACCAAUGAUCGACCAAUCGAAUCGUGCAGUCUACACACCACAUCCGGGUCCAUCGCCGUACGGUCAUGACGCCAUGGGCUAUAUGAUGGAUAGUCAAGCGCAUAUGAUGCAUCGUCCACCCGGUGAUCCCGGUUUCCAUCAAGGUUAUCCACACUAUCCACCCGCCGAGUAUUAUGGGCAGCAUUUGUAAUUAACCGAUGUAGUUGAGAGUCAGGACUAUAGUCAAAGUCAUGGGCAAUCAACUUUGGAGGUGGCGACAGCAGCAGAAGUAGCAGCAGCAGCAGCAGCAGCAGCGGCGGCCGCCUUGGUGUCCACACCAACACUAUCAACAUAGCAAAACAACAACAACAAAUAUGUAAACUAAAUUAGUUAAAAAGCAAAAACCAACAAAAGCACCAAAAUACUAAUGAAAAAAAAAAACAAAAAAAGAAAAUCAGCACACCAUUAUCUCAAAAAUGCAAACAAAGAACACUCGUGCUAGCAAAAAUUGCAUUAGCGUCAGUGAAAAAUCGUCUCUCAAUCCCACAAGCAGCGGCAGCUGUACGCUACAACAACGCUUGCACAACUACUAUUGCUGCAAAAUGGCUGGCGAAUACAUCAAACCCCAAAAAAUAAA